AAUGCAACAUUUUAUUGGAUGCCAACCGCCCGUUAAACCUAAUCGAAGAAGAAUAGUAGUCUUGAAUUCGACCAUAUCGAAGUCGCACAUAAAUUACGUGCAAUUAAAGCGUCCAAUCUGUCGUUCUUUUGUGUUAUAAAUGAAUGUCUUCGUUCCGUUAGCUAAUUAUGUAAAACUUUUGUAGUGGUUAUGGGAAUAUGGACUGGCUCAGUACUUAGCCAAAUGUCGAUGGACUGUAAUUGCAUACAAAAAUGAAUAAAGGGUGGCUGGAACUCGAGAGUGACCCGGGGCUAUUCACGCUCUUGGUGGAGGAUUUUGGCGUGAAGGGGGUUCAGGUGGAGGAGAUAUACGACCUACAAAGCAAGUGUCCAAGUCCUGUCUAUGGCUUCAUCUUCCUGUUCAAGUGGAUUGAGGAGCGAAGGUCUAGGAGGAAAGUCUCCACCUUGGUGGAUGAGACCUCUGUCAUUGAUGAUGACAUUGUUAAUGACAUGUUCUUUGCCCACCAGCUGAUCCCCAACUCCUGCGCCACCCAUGCACUUCUGAGCGUGCUCCUGAACUGUAGUGGGGUUGAGUUGGGCACUACCCUCAGUCGCAUGAAGACCUUCACUAAAGGCUUCGGUCCAGAGAGUAAAGGCUACGCCAUUGGAAAUGCCCCAGAGCUGGCCAAAGCACACAACAGCCAUGCCAGACCGGAGCCCAGGCACCUGCCGGAGAAGCAGAAUGGGAUUAGUGCCGUGAGGACCAUGGAAGCGUUCCACUUUGUCAGCUACGUGCCCAUCAAAGACCGACUGUUUGAGUUAGACGGCCUCAAGGCAUACCCCAUUGACCAUGGGCCAUGGGGAGAAGAGGAGGAGUGGACGGAUAAGGCGCGACGGGUCAUCAUGGAGAGGAUUGGCUUGGCCACAGCUGGAGAGCCAUACCAUGAUAUCCGCUUCAACCUGAUGGCGGUGGUUCCUGACCGCAGGGUGAAGUAUGAGUCCAAACUAGAGAUCCUCAAGAGGAACAGACAGAUGGUUCUGGAGGGAUUACAGCAGCUGAUCCGGGUCACCCAGCCAGAGCUCGUCCAGGACAGAAAGCAACAGGAUUCCUCCCCCUCAGAGGACACGCCCCCUGCUAUCAAAAAAGAAGAGGCAGAGCCUCAACCUGUUACAUCACAGGGGGCCGAGCAGACUCCUCCCACAGACGAGGCAGCAGCCCAGUCGACACCGAGCCCCUCAGGCAAGGGGAAGGCCAUGGGGAAACCAACCACGCAGCCUGUCAACAGCCCCACCCUAAUCGUCCCGCGCCUGCCCGCCUUCCUGGACAACCACAACUACGCCAAGUCCCCCAUGCAGGAGGAAGAGGACCUUGCGGCAGGGGUGACAGGGGUAGGUCGUCCCCGGGUGCCUGGCGCAAACCAGCCCCCCUUCUCUGAUGAUGACGAUGAGGAGGAAGAAACUGGCACAGCAGCAGGCACACCCACCAGGUUCAGGCGGAAGGCGGGCCUGCGUUCCCGUACGGGCCGUGUAGGCGGCAGUGGCGUGGAGACCAAGCUGGCGCUGAGCGUCCUGGCCGAGAAACUCAAGAAGGAAGUCCAGAGGAAGGACGCUCUGGCCACGCCCCUCUCGGUCCGCACCGAGGGCCGCACGGGGGGCAUCGUGAUCACCGCCACCUCGCAGCCUUCGCCCACGCCAAGCAACGAGAGCACCGACACCGCCUCGGAGAUCGGCAGCGCUUUCAACUCGCCACUGCGCUCCCCGGCUCGCUCCCAGGCGGCCACGCGACCCUCCAGCCCUGUGGCGUCCCACCUGUCCCGUGUGCUGUUCGGGGAGGAUGAGGGUCUGCUGAGGCUGGACGCCAGGCACAACAGGGCUGUUAGAGAGCUGGGGCCCUCAGUCAGCACUGCCCUGCUGCACCUACAGGAGGAUGGUGUUAUAUAUGCUGUACCGCCACCCGCUGAUACGCCACCUGAGGGGUCCAAGCGAGAGAAGGCAGGCACUCCAGAGAAGGUAAAAGACAAAGAGCAAGGGAGCAACCCAGCAGGAGGGGGGGAAGGUGUGAAGGAGGAUGGUAAGGAGGGACCAUCGGUGGAGGUAAAAGAGGAGAGCAAAGACGUCAAACCCAGAAAGGAAAAGAUCAUCUCCACGGAAACCGUUGGAAGCAACAAGCCCUCAGGGGAGAAAUACUCUCCUAAAGAGCUGCUUGCUCUGCUCAAAUGUGUGGAGGCGGACAUUGCCAACUAUGAAGUGUUUUUGAAGGAGGAGGUGGAGAAGAGGAAGAAAUACAAGAUCGAUGACCAGAGAAGGACCCAUAAUUAUGACGAGUUCAUCUGUACCUUCAUAUCCAUGCUGGCCCAAGAAGGCAUGUUGGCUAGUCUGGUGGAGCAGAAUAUCUCUGUGCGUCGUCGUCAGGGAGUGAGCAUCGGCCGUCUACACAAACAGAGGAAACCAGACCGCAGGAAACGCUCGCGACCCUACAAGGCCAAGCGCCAGUGACCCCCCCCCCAGGAAGUGCUUGCUCGGGAUCACCAAUCACAGCAGAGAAAAUACAAAAACCCUUGUUGCACACAUAACACUGUCCUGUGACGUCAGGGAGAAAAGGACUCAUUCAUAUUGCUGUAUUUGUGUCAGUCUCUGACUUCAUCAAAUGGACCAUCUGUUGAUUAGUUUAAUCAGGUUUGCUUUACCGUAAGCAGAAGAGUCAUUGUGUAUGUUAGAUUGUGUCCUGAGUGACACCCUAUUCCUUAGUGCACUACUUUUGACCAGAGCCCUACAUAGUGCAAUACUUUUUAUGGGCCCUGAUCAAAUGUUGGGCACUAUAUAGGGAAUUGGGUGCCAUUUGGGAUGCACUCCUAGUCUCCAUGUAAAAGGACCUCUGUCUGUGCCAUCACACUGUGUACUGGGUCGUGUUCAUUAGGCACGCGGCGGCAAACUUUUUUUUUUUUAACAUUUUGCAAAGGAAGAUGAAAAUGAGUUUGCAAUUCCAGGUAGUUCCUCCCUGUUUCAGUCUGUUUUUCUUCCAUUUGGUGCCUAAUUAACAAAGGUGUGACAACCUGAUUGCGAGGGACACAGGAAGCUUCUGGAAAGUCUUGGGAGUUGGUCGGAUCAUGUGAUGCGACUCCUCUUUCCUGUCAAGAAGGGCUGGUUCACCGCUAUUUGCUUGCUUGUAUUAUGCUUUGGCAGUACCGUACUAUGCGUCCCAAAUGGCACCCUAUUUCCUAUUUACUGCAUUACCUUUAGGUCUCUGAUCAAAAGUAGUGCACUAUAUAGGGAAUAAGGUGCAAUUUGGGAUAUACCGUAUCCCCUUUCGAGGUCCUGUAAAUGAAUGGAUGAGAUCUACUCAUUUUUUUUAUCUGUAAAUGAUCUCUAAAUGUAGAUUCUAAUGUUGGAGAGCGUGAGAUGUGUGUGGGGGAGUGUGUAAGCAGUUUGUGUGUUUCUGUACAUAUGUAUCUGUCAGCUCAGCAUCAGUGGUAACAAUUUUUUUUUUAAUUUUUUUAAUCCUAGUCACAUGAAUACUACAAUGAACUCCACAAAAGCACUAUUGACCUCACUCACUUCUCAUCAUGCCAUAGGUGGAUGCUCUGGGUCAUAUAUUUGGUGAGAUAAAAACAUAUCACAUGG